AUGAGAGCAUCAAAAUGUUCCCAGGACGACCGAAGCAGCCCUUUCGGUAAGUCAAGUGAUGGUACAAGACAAUGCAGCCCAGCUGCCGAAACCGCGCCAAAAACACCAGUUCCAUAUAACAAAAGGAGUACGCCGGCAUGUGGUUCAGGCUGCGCGGGCGCAGACAGGCGAGAGGUUCGGUACCAAAUGGCACAUUUAUAUCGUUCAUUACAGAACCUCGGAGGUGAGAGAUGUUGGCGCUGUCGCCUCUACAGGGGGUCAAAUAGGGUUGACUCCGAACAAAAGAGUUAUUUAUAUAGAAGUAUUAGACCAGUUCAGUUAACAGACUUUAAAACCAGCUGUUUGGAGAUGCACCAGCCCUGCAGAUGCAGCGGGGGUCCACCGCAGCGCGUUGAUUUGUGCGCGAUCUCCCGCCGACUGUAUUUGUACACGCGCCCACGCCCAGCGACAUCCACCACUCCUGUCAAUCCAGCUUCUCUGUCGGGACCUGAACCAGCUUACUUGUUUACUACCAACACGCAACCACGAUACACCAGAUCUGAAGAUAAGGAGACGAACCGAUCGCUGAUUGCGGUGGGUUGGAAUUUAAGACUGCAAUUAAAUUAA